CUGGGAUCUGAGUGUAAAAUAAGAUUGUUUUCAAUAUAAAUAAAAUAAAAGAUUGAACAGAAGGGUAGUUGAUAGCGCAUUUUUCUUUCUUCCUUUCUUUUUUCUCUUCCUUCCUUCCUUCCUUCCUUCUUUUUCUAAUGUUUGUUUGUUGUUUUUGCUUUUGAUAGAGUGUUUCUCUACAUAGUUCUGACUGUCCUAGAACUCACUAUGUAGACCAGACUGGCCUCAUACACAUUUAUAUUUAUAUAUUCAAAUGCUUCUGCUUCCAAGUGCUGGGAUUGGAGGCAUGUGCCACAACACCUGGCAUACAUGUUCUUACUGAUGAAUAGAGGAAGGUCCAGCUCAUGCUAGGUAAUGCCACCCUGGACUGGUGGUCCUGGAUGCUAUAAAGAAGCAGGCCAAGAAAUCUAGAAGAGUGUUACUUAGUGGUUUUUUGAUUUUGUUUUUUCUGUGUUCUGUUCUGAUUUCCAAAGGAGUUGGGCAUUGGAUCAAGAGGCAGGUUCACAUUCACCUGGCCAAAAUGAAUCAUGAAGUUCCCUGGUGGACUCCAGAGGAGGGAACUAGAGGCCCUCCGAAGAAGAAGAGGCAGGGAGGAGAACUUGUGAGGUCCUUUUGAGCCUGGAAAUAGUCAGUGGUGGUGUGUCACAGUUGGUUGUGGAUCACCUUAAUAUUUAUCCUCUAAAUAUUUUUAAUAAACAUUAAAAGAAAUCCCAAUACCUGGAGCCCACACAGGGCAUUAUCAAGCCAGUUGAGAGCUUAGUCUACCUUCUCGCUGCCCCUCCCAGACUGUUUUCCUGUGUUCAGCACUUUUCUGUUGCAAUUCUACUGCAGCCUUCAGCUGCUGCCUAUACCUGGCCCCAAAACAAUGCUGGGAUUCCCUACCCCACUGGACACACGCCCUCAUUUUUUACCAAACUGCCCCACUAGGCAAAGACCCCUGGCUCCUCAUAGUUCAUCAGGUUGUCUGCCCCUCCCUUUCCAGGUCAGUUCUGUGUAGCAACAACAAGCGUCAUGGCAGAAACUAAACCAGCUGCCUGGCCAACCCUGAAUAGAAUCCCACUGGCCCCCAGUCAGUAUUGCUCACCACAGCUGGCAAUAACAAGCCAGAGGACACACCAGCACCAACUAUGGUUGGAAGCAGUGCCAGUUAUUUCAGGAUUGAGAACUAAGCAAACCAAUCCCUGACCACCUAGAACCAACCAUCUAAUCUCUACCUCUUCUAUAGAGCCCCAAGGCCAGUGAGUCUGUCUCUGAGAAGGAUAUUCCAAAGACAGUGAGGUACCAGGGACUCCAGGCAUCUGAGCUAAAGAGUAGCAGAAACAAAGCACUUUUCGUUUUUAUUAUUGAAGCAAAACAUUUACAGUUGGCUUAAGCAUAUGCAAGGACAUGGAGGGAAUAUACCUGGUGUUGUGUCUUAUCUUUGGAUAAGAGCCAAAAAUAUCCCUGCCAGGCCUUUUGCCUUUCCCACAGCAAUACUGGGGGCAUGUGAGGAGAAUCUCUUCAUGUUCUACCUCUCAUUGCAUUCAGUUAACAUAGCUUAUGUAAUUCUCAAAGAAAUGCCGAUGGAAAAAACCUCCUGUACUCUGCCCCACCCAUAAUUCACAAGAAGCUCACAGCCUUCUUACACAGGCUCCCAUACAGCAUUGUUGUGUGUUUAGCAAAUAAGGGCAGAGGCUGAGUGACACAACAACUUAUCUAGCAUGGAUGAGGCUGUGGAUUCUACUCUCAACUCUUAAAACAUCAACAUAACCCCUAAAAAGAAAACAAAAUAAGGAAAAAGAAUACAGUGGGAUCUAAGGAAAGACAAUAUCAGGAUCAGUAAAGUUCAUGAUUCGUUGCCAGGGACUCGGGAUGAGACAAUCUCAGGAUGGCCAGAAAUGACUAAAGAAAGAGAAAUUUUAAUCAGCAUGCUCUGGAUAGUGAAAGACAGAAAGACUCCCAAGGCAAUGGCUCGCUCUCUUAUCACAUUUCCCCUCCAUAUAUGGUCACAAGAACUCAACCACUGCCCAGCUCCACAUACUGUAGUUUCCAGGUUAUGUCUGAGUCUGACUGACCCUGUAUAGCACUCAAAUGAGUGAGCUGUGAGCCAUUCCAUGACCACACGCAUGUUUCUGGACAUCCAGACUUAAAAUUAUGUCCCUGAGAACAAUGGGGAUUGUAGAUUUUCAAACUCUGCUUCUGAGCUGUGAGCUGUGAAUGAUGAAAUAUGUUCUGCCUUCUGAAUUAAGAUAUUUAGAGAACUCAAGAGGGGAAAGAUUAAUGAAGGUUCUGUGAUGUUCAGUAUGAUAAAGUUCCAGCAAUAAGAUACAAAGAUUGUGUGGAAUGGCAUCUCAGUCUUUAUAAAAAAGACAGAAGAAAAUAUUAAAGUGUCUUAGUGUUUUCUAUUGCUGUGAAGAGACACCAUGACUGCACCAACUCUUCUUUUAUAAUUUAUUUAUUCUUCUAAAUUUCAUUUGACAAUCCAACCGCAAUUCUCCCGCUCUCCCUUACCUACCCACCCAUCCACUCCCAGUCCACUCAUCCUCAAGGGUAAGGGCUCUGUAGAGAGAUACCCUAGUCCCGCCCAAUAGUCAUGGGACAGGUGCCAGGUGGACCCGGGACUCGCCCAUAAGGGCUUGGUGAAGGAAAGCCGGUGUGAUGUAAGGGAGCUUUUUAAGGGCUGCACCGGAAGACCCUAGCCCUUUUUCUGGCCGAGCUUGCUGGGUUCCUGUAACCUCGCUCUGGCCUGCGUUUUGCCCUGGUGUUUUCUUGAAUAAAGAGACUUUACCAUUCCGGAUCACAGUUCAUCUUUGAGCACACGCUGCAACCUUUAAUCUUCAGGGCUCUCAUGAGGGGUCAACAAGGUCUGACAUAAUAGGUUGGGGCAGGGCCAAGCCCAUCUCCCAUGCAUUAAACCUGAGCAUGGCAUUCCACCAUAGGGGAUUGGAACCAACAAGUUAGCUCAUGGACCAGGUUUGUAUCAUGGUCCUACUGCCAGGGUCCCCUCUGAAAGUCCAAGCUUCACAACUGUCUCCCACAUAUGGAAGGUCUACACCAGUUCCCUGGAGUCUCUGCCAUUGUCAGUCUACAGUUCAUGAGUCUCCACUAGCUUGGUUCAGCUGUCUCUGUAGAUUUCUCCUUCAUGAUCUUGACCUCCCUUCCUCAUGUAUUCCCUCCUCCCCUCUUCAACUGGAUUCCUGGACCAAGGCCUGGUUCUUGGUUGUGGAUCUCUGUGUCAUCAAUUACUGGAUGAAAUUCUAUGAUGAUAGUUGGGGUAUUCACCAAUCUGAUUACAGGGGAAGGCAAGUUAGGGGACCCUCUAUACUAUUCCUUGGGUUCUUAGCUAGGGUCAUCCUUGUAGAUUCUUGGGAAUUACUGUAGCAGCAGGGUUCUCCCCACGCCCACAGAGGCUCUCUCUAUUAAGAUAUCACUUUCAUUAUUCUUCCACUACAUCCCUCCCCACCACUCCCUCAAGACCAUCCUGCUCCCUCAUGUUCUCAUGCCCUUGCCCCUCCCUCUUACCACUCAUCCUGGUCCAGUUUACCCAAUAGAUCUCAUCUAAUUUCCCUUCCCAGUGUGAUCAUGUGUCCCUGGUAGGGUCCUCUUUGUUGCCUAGCUUCUCUGGAGCUAUGGAUUGUCAUCUGGUUAUCUUUUGCUUACAUCUAAUAUCUACUUAUGAGUGAAUUCAUAUCAUGCUUGUCUUUCUGAGUCUGGGUUACCUCACUCAGGAUGGCUUUUUUUUUUCUAGUUCCAUUCAUUUGCCUAAAAAUUUUCAUGAGGUUAUCAUUUUUACAGCUGAUGGAUACUCCAUUGUGUAAAUUUACAUUUUCAUUAUCCAUUCUUUGAUUAAGGGGCAUCUAGGUUGUUUCCAGUUCCUGGCUAUUAUGAAUAAUGGUGCUAUGAACAUUGUUGAGCAAGUGUCCUUGUGGAACCAUUGAACUUUCUUUGGAUAUAUACACAAGAGGCCCACAGCAACUACUAUAAGCAAAAAAUUAAUUGGGGUGGCUCAUUUACAGUUUCAGAGGUUCAGUCCAGUAUUAUUAUGAUGGGCAGCAGAACAAUGUGAAGGCAGAUGUGGUGUUGGGGUUGAAAGGGCUUAUCUUGCAGGCAACAGGAAGUCAACUGACUGUCAUACUGAGGGAAGCUUGAGAAAAAGAGAUCUCAAAGCUUGCCCCCACAGUGACACACUUCCUAAAAUAAGGCCACAGCUCCUAAUAGGACCAUUCCCUUUGGGGACCAUUUUCUUUCAAACCACACAUAAAGGAGGGUAGACUCAUUAUUCAGUAGUGGAGGCAAUUUGCCUCUUAGGUUCAGGUUGCCUGUGAUCUGGGCUCUUCCAUCAUGGAUUCCCAGGUUCCUGGGAAGGAAACCAGGCCCUGAGAUGCCUCUGAGAGCACAGAGACACAGAUAGACACAGAGCUGCGUUCUAGAGAAAUGCGGAUGUAAUCCUGAGUGUUUGGAGCUGUGAAUUCCCAGGGUUUGCUGAUCGAGUAUAAGGAGUGGAAAAUGAUCCACUUGUUACAGUUUGAUAACAGGGAGAUGGCAAUAUUCUGGGGCAUGGUAUGAAUCAUGUCAUGUGUAAGUGAAAUUACAUGACCUGUGUAGAUAGUGGCACAAGCAUGUAUUGAGAUGCUUCCAGUUGACAGCAGGUAAUUAGGCAUACAUGUGUAAGGAAGACAUAAUGCUAGAAUGGAUGGAAAUAGAGGAAAGACAAAGAUCGUGGGCUCGAAAGACAGCACUCAAAAUAAUACAGAGAUAAGCCCUGGAGUGUGGGAGACUCAGAACUCAGCUGCCCAGCUCUCCCUACCUUUUCCCAGCCCUGUGAGCACACUGUCUGGGAUUCUGACAACCCAGUUAACUGCCUCUGCUCUCCUAAUGUGCACUGUCCAGGCCUCAGCCCUCCAAGAGCACUAAGGAAAUAUGUUCUUACAAACAGAUAUUUCUGUGCUCUGGUUUUCUGGUUUUCAUUCAUAAAACACAAAAUAAGGGCUGACUUCUUUUAUCUAGUGAGGUAACAUGGAAGAAUGAAGAAGGGAAAAGCUAUCUUUUAAGUACCACCAAAUAAUGGGGCAGAAAUUUAAAAGGGGGAGGGUAGAGAAUUUCUGGACAUGAGACAGGACUUUCCAGGCUUUGAGGAUUCCUCCUCACUAGGGAUCUUCUGAUUCUGCUCCCACAACCCUGAGAUGUUUCAGUGACUCUAAGUAGACAGGACAGAAGGACACAAAGGAGGAAUGACAAGCCAGACCUCAACUAUGUGAAAGACAGACCCCUUCCUAUUCAAUUCAUAGAACACUGGUUGAAGGAAACAAACAGGAUGCGGAUUAGCUAUAAUUUUUUUUUUUAAGGUGACACUGAAGACUUUAAGCACAGAGCAGUCCCAUUUUCCUUGCACAAGGAGAUGACUCACACACACUGCUCUUAAACAAUUAACUGUGUGCAGGUAACACACAGGCCUGGACACAUUGAAGAGAUACAACUCUGAACUGUAACACCUAAUCGUUUGUGACAAAUCACAAAACCAAGGACAGAAUGAGUGGACUCUCGAUGUCUUCUAUGUCUAAAACUAUAUCCACUGAUGAAGUCCUUCCUGCCUAACAGUAGUUUCCUGAUGUCCAGUUCAUUAUCUUCUGCUCUUCAAUGGAGGGUCUCUGUCCAAGAGCAUAAAGGGGAAAAUAAAUACUGACUCUGAGAAAAGGGGAGAUGUUGUCCUUGCACUCUUGACCUGAGAUGUUGGACUCGCUGAGAUACAGAGCUCUGAAUCUCUUCCUCUAUUCCUUGUGUUCCCAGGCUCCUGCUUAGUGCCACCACAUAAAGAAAGCAGAACAGAGGAACAGCCUGUCAGUCUCCCAAAGCAUGAACUGAAACCUGAAAGAGACGUGCAACAGCUUAGGUGAAACAUGGGAACGGCUCCACUCUGCUGUGCAACCUCUUCUCAUCCCUAUCAGGGAGAAUUUGCCAGUCUUCUCAUGAGGACAGUGGGAAGAGAAACUGAAACCAACUCUGACUGCAAGGAGGUUUCGAUAAAUAGAGCUCAUAUCCAACCAGAAAAGUGUAGACAGCAAGGGCUGUGUGUGGGCCAAGACCGGUAAAGUAACUAAAAGAAGAUCAGCCUGUCAUCCCAAGUGCUCCUCCUUUCUUUAUGCAGUUCUUCUGAGGACACCAGCACUCCACACCUCACCUCUUUUCUUCCUAUACAUCCUGAGUGUAAGCUCCAGUGUUACAUCACUCCACAGGAACUGCCCUUGUUGGGGUGCAAAGACCUAUCCUAAGAGGACAGCUUUACCAGAGCUGCUAUUGUCAACAGAUCAAGCUCGCCACUGCUGAGCCCCAUUCCCAGGGCCCAUGGAGCUUCCGUCCCAGGAGUAUCAGCCGCUCUUAGACCAAGCAGGAAGUAAAGGGCUUUCACAUCAUACCAAUCUUUCUUCGAAAAUGGAUCAGACACUUUCUUCUUGGCUCCCUUCUUGCCGCCUUUCCUCAGGCACUUAUUCUUGCUGACCGCCAAGGUGCUGCUGAGAGGGCCAAAAGGACUGAAGGAGAACUCCCAAGAGAACUUAUGUGAGCUAGGAGGGGGCAAGAGGCCUCUUUAUAUCCAGAUCAGCAGUGGAAGCAGCAACCAAGAGAAGACAAGAAAGCUUCUACCAUACAGAGACAUGGCUUGGGCCUCCAGCAUUGAUGCAUUCUUUAAGAAUUUUAAGAGGGAAAGCCAAAUCCUCUCUGAGGAAACCAUCACCUUGAUUAAAUGCCACAUUCAGAAAAAUGACCUCCAGGGUGCACUUUCUGUAAUCCACAGUGCACUGAGAGACAUCGAGAGCGCCCCCCUGAACAUUGCUGUGACAGGAGAGACAGGGACAGGGAAGUCCACCUUCAUCAAUGCUCUGAUGGGGAUAGGGCAGGAAGACGAAGGUGCAGCCCCUACUGGAGUGACAGAGACAACCAAGGAGAGAAUGCCAUACCCACACCCAAAGCUUCCUCAGGUGACAAUAUGGGACCUGCCUGGCACUGGGUCCACUUCCUUCCCACCAGAAAGCUACCUAAAGACAAUGAAGUUUUCUCAAUAUGACUUCUUUGUUAUCAUCUCAGCUACACGAUUCAGAGAAAAUGAUGCAAACCUAGCGAAAGCCAUCUCAAUGAUGAAUAUGAAUUUCUACUUUGUUCAUACCAAGAUAGAUAAUGACUUAGCUAAUGAACAGAGGAGUAAACCAAAGACUUUCAGCAAGGAGAAUGUCCUUAAGACAAUUCGAGAUGACUGUUCAAAGCAUCUCAAGAAAUACUUCUCCGGUAAGCCUCAAAUCUUCUUGGUCUCUAACUUUGAUGUGUCUGACUAUGACUUCCCAAAGCUGCAGACCACCCUAUUGGGUGAGCUCCCAGCCCACAAGCGCCAUGUCUUCAUGCUGUCUUUAAACAGUGUUACUGAGGCCACCAUUAACCUCAAGAGAGAGUCCCUGAAGCAGAAAGUCUUCUUAGAGGCCCUGAAGGCUGGAGCAUUGGCCACUUUUCCAUUGGUUGGCAGGAUCAGAGAUGAUUUAGAGGAUCUGAAUGAAACAUUCCAUCUCUACAGGUCUUACUUUGGGCUGGAUGAUACCUCAUUGGAAAACAUUGCUAAAGAUUUUAACAUGUCCAUGGAUGAACUCAAGGUGCACCUUCGGUUUCCCCAUUUGUUUGAGGAAGACAACAGUAUGUCCGUGGAAGAAAAACUAUUGAAAUAUAUCAAGUACAUUUCCUCAGUUACUGGUGGGCCAGUUGCUACUUGCAUUUACUACAGAAAGACUUACUAUCUGCAGAAUCUCUUUCUUGAUACUGCAGCAAAUGAUGCAAUAGCUCUUCUUAAUAAGAAAGAUCUCUUUGAAAAGAAGGUGGGACCAUAUGUAUCUAAGGCCCCGGAUUACUGGGAAUGAUUGGGAAUGAGGCACAAGCUCCAAUCAGUGAUCACUUCUGUUCUUGCUUUGGGCACUGAGUCAUAACCUAUUCCUGAGUAACAAACCUUGUCUGUGGAGUGCCAGAGAGUUUAUCCUUUUCCUCAUCCUGAGCCAGAACAUCACUGUGGCAAGGUCUCAGUGAGCUAUAGUAGGAGGAGAAGCUUCAAAACUGUUCAAAUGUAUAAGGAAAACUCAUUUCCAUUAAAAUCAUAUGUAAAACAUC